CAACAGCAGCUGGAAGAUCGAGGUGGAUGCUCCAGGAUACUAGGACACAAAAGAAAAAAAGAAUAAGAAUACCUUACUCUCACAGAGAUGAAUCGGUUUCUGUGCCUGCUGGCUGUAGGCCUCUACCUGUGCUUGCAAUGCCAGGUGAAUGAAGCACAUUUGAGCCGGAGCUACAUUGAAAAAACUGUGCUGGCAGCAAAGGCCAAAGUGGACGCAGCCUAUCGGUAUUCAAGGCAACAGAGCGUGGACCGUGUGAGGAGGGACGCACGUUACGAGGAUGUCGUGCGGCUAAUGAAGCAGCCCAGAGGAGUCUCCCGCAUUGUUGUGCGCUCUGCUGAUUACCUGGCUACCUCUUUGCAAAUGAUCACUGAUAAUCUUGAAAGGCGUCACAAACGCUCCAUCAAUGCCACAGAUUUCCUCUCUGAUCAAGAUCUGCAGACCCUCAUUGGUCUGACAGGCUGCUCUCCACGUCAGCGCAUCCCUGCUUGUGAGACGACUCAAAAUUUGCAGGCAUAUCACAGUGCAAGCGGUGUCUGCAACAACAGGAGAAACACCCGCUGGGGGGCCUCCAACAUACCUUUUCUCCGCUGGCUCCCUCCUGUGUAUGAGAAUGGUUUUUCUACACCUAAAGACUGGACCCCUGAUCGUCCUAUCAACGGUCAUGUUCUUCCCCUGGUAAGAGACGUGUCCAACCGCAUUUUGGCAACAGCGAACUCUGAAGUGGAGAACGACCCACUCUACACUUUCCUGGUGACAAUUUUUGCCCAGCUCAGUGACCACGAUUUGACCUUCACCCCUACCUCUCCAUCUAUUACCACAUUCAGUGACGGCAUCAACUGUGAAACGAGUUGUGUGCGCCAAGACCCCUGCUUCCCCAUUCCAAUUCCCAGCAGUGACCCCCGGUUUGGCAUUAAUUCAAAGGACUGCUUGCCCUUUACUCGGUCAGCACCAGCGUGUGGCUCCGGAAACAAUUGCUUGAACCUCGGCGCGAGCACUGUCCGUCAGCAGAUCAACACUCUCACGGCCUUCGUUGAUGCAAGUCAGGUCUACGGUUCAGAUGAUGCCAAAGCUCGCUCCCUCCGGGACUUCUCCACAGAUGAGGGUCUUUUGAGAGUCAACAGGCAAUUUAAUGACAACGGCCGUGAGCUUCUGCCCUUUGCCACAGGGAGCACCAAUCCGUGUGCCACCCGAGCUCGCAUUACCGAUGAUACCACUGCCCAGGAGGUGCCCUGCUUUGUCGCUGGUGAUGACCGCUCAAAUGAGAACAUUGCACUGACCUCUCUGCACACACUCCUGCUGCGUGAGCACAACCGACUGGCACGCGCUCUGGUCCUCCUCAAUCCACAGUGGAAUGGAGAGAGACUCUACCAGGAGGCCCGCAAGAUCGUGGGUGGAUAUAUGCAGGUGAUCACAUACAGAGACUUCUUACACCACAUUGUAGGCCCAGACUUCAUUUCCAGGCAGUUGUCCACCUACCCCGGUUAUAAUAGCAAUGUGGAUCCCAGCAUCGCCAACGUGUUUGCCACAGCUGCUUACCGUUUUGCUCACAUCAUGAUUCAGCCUUUCAUUUUCCGUCUUAAUGAGACAUACCAGGAUCACCCUCAGUACCCCAGCCCACUGCUGCACAAAUCCUUCAACGCACCAUGGAGGGUCAUCUUUGAAGGUGGUAUGGACCCUAUCUUAAGAGGACUGGUGGGCAGUCCAGCUAAGCUGGGGACUCAGCAGCACAUAAUGAGUGAUGAGCUGAGGGACAGGCUGUUUAAAUUCAGUGCUAGGCUGGCUCUGGAUCUGGGUUCGCUGAACAUGCAGAGAGGAAGAGACCAUGGACUCCCUGGUUACAACCAGUGGCGCAAGUUCUGUGGACUGUCACAGCCACAAAAUCUCAGUGAGUUGGCUGCAGUGCUGAACAACACAGAUCUGGCGAUGGAGCUGCUGGAUCUUUAUGGCACCCCUGACAACAUUGAUGUGUGGCUGGGAGGCGUAUCAGAGCCAUUUGUCCCUGGAGGAAGAGUGGGACCCCUGUUUGCCUGCCUGAUUUCAAAUCAGUUCCAAAGGAUUCGCCAGGGAGACAGACUUUGGUGGGAGAAUGAAGGAGUCUUCACUGAGGCUCAGAAGAGCUCACUGAGGAACGUAUCACUUGCCCGUAUAAUCUGUGAUAACACUGGUAUCACUGAACUCCCUGAAAAACCUUUCCUGUACCGGCCUCGAGAUGCUGGCUACACCCAGUGCAGUAAUAUCUCCGCCUUUGACCUCAGUCCAUGGAAGCAGGAGGCACAAGGCCCACGUGGACCUCCAGGACCUCCAGGACCACCUGGCCCUGCUGGCACCAGUGGUCCUGCUGGCCCUGCUGGCCCUGCUGGACCUGCUGGCCCCCGUGGACCUCCUGGCCCUCCUGGACCUCCCGACAACCAACCGAAAGCUGCUUUCUCAGUGAAACUCGGCAGCAGCUCCCCCAAAGCUCUCUCACCGAUCAUUUUCCGUGACUUAAUCUACAAUGGACAGAACAGCUAUAACACUAAGAAUGGGCAGUUUACAUGUGAUCAGCCGGGUGUUUAUGAGUUUGACUUCAGCCUCACAAUCAACAAGAAUGCUGCCACUGUGGAUCUGCUGAAAAACGGAGCGCUUGUUCUGCACGCAUACACCACAAAGCAUACUGGUUACCUGAUUGCCAGUGGCAGCAUUAAUGUUCAACUUAGCAAGGGUGACAAGGUCUGGCUGGUUAUAAACCAGAGUGGCAAUAUCAUCAGUAGUGACAGCUACUUCAAUGGGCAUCUGGUAUUUAAAGUGUAAGAUGUCCACAGACACACAACAUCCUCAAAACACUGAAAUAAAAUUAUUUUGAAAAUGCUGCCUGUAGACUAUGAUUAGUUAGUCCCCAUUAGUUUUCUUACUAAGAUUACAGUCACCCCACUCUAAAGCAAUUAAAGACAGAAUGAGCAAAUGUAAAUCUUGCUGAGAGAAAAGCGCAAAGCUUAAAAUGCUGCACUGUUUAACUAUUUUAAAACUUGUUAUUGAAGGAGUAUAUAGAAACGCACUGAUACCUGCAUUGGUAAGACAAAAGAGAAGGUUUUUAUGAAGAAUAAUAAGAAGAAUAUUAAUAUAAUGAAUGAUUUCUUAUAUGUUCUUUUGUCAGGUAUUCAACUUUUUUUUAAUCCUAAGAAGUGGUUGUUUGUUUUAGCCUUUCCUUGGUAAUGGAAUAAGAUAAACUUGUGUAUUUUAAAAUUACUUUCGGUUUCAUGCUUUUGUUUUUACAGCGUUAAAUUGUAAGCCUUUCACU